UCUUCACAUUGACCUGGCUCUUCAUGGGAUGACAGUGUUUAGAGCUGAAAGGGACCUUUGAGAGAACGUGGCCAAGACCCACUCAUUUCACCAGCAAGAAAACGGAGGCCCAGAGAAAUGAAUUGGUUUGGCCAGGAUGACCCAAGAGGAAGCUACUUUGCCAGCCACUUCAUCAUGGGAGGAGAGAAGUUCGACUCGGCCCACCCCGAAGGCUACCUGUUUGGAGAGAACAGCGACCUGAACUUCCUGGGGAACAGGCCCGUGGCGUUUCCUUACGCCGCCCCGCCGCCCCAGGAGCCAGUGAAGACGCUGAGAAGCCUGGUCAACAUCCGCAAGGACACACUGCGGCUGGUCAAGUAAGUCCGCAGG